UUGAACUACAUUUAUCGGAAGAGGACGUAGACAAACAAAAACAAAACACAUUUAUUUUAAGUUUCAGCUGUCAUUUGAGAUGAAUCUCAAAAUGGGCAUGGCCAAUAAUAAGGCCUUUCGUUGCUGUUGUUGCUUUCAUGUCAGAACUGGUGCCAUUUUCAUCGGUAUCAUUAAUUUGCUUGGGUUCAUGUUUAUGGCCUGCACUUUAAUCUUUGCCUCAAUUCAUCCAGAGGUCCUUGAGAAAUCCAUGCAAACAUGUCCAGUAGGGGACACUAAAAAUCAGGAUAUUGUUAUUGACGUUAAUGUCAAAGGUGAUCAAGUGAAACUGGAGACUUGUGGUGAUGUCAUGUUUGUGCAGAAGAAAUUUACAAAAGAUAACCUUUGUGUUGCCUUUGCUAUUGUGAUGUGUAUGAUAACAAUAACAGGAUUCCUGUUGUAUGGUAUUAUGAAGAACAGACCAGGCUACAUGAUGCCGUUUUUCUGUGUUCAGAUGUUUGACUUUUGUAUAUCCUGUCUGACUGUAGUUGGAUAUUUCUCCUAUGCUCCUGAUAUGAAGUUGUGGCUCUGUCAAGAAGGACUGGCUUGUCUACCCUUGAUGGACAGACUAUUGGCAAUGGACCGUGAUAUACUGAUGAUUCUUUGUCUGAUUUGUUUCAUUCUAUGGCUGUCAUUUAAGGCCUAUUUGAUUGGUGUGAUCUGGGCUUGUUACAAGUACUUGCAACUGAACAGAGUGAACAGAGAUGUGGUUAGAGAAUAUACUGUUGAUCCCGAUUCUGAGAUGUUACUUCCUCCAAAGUAUGAAGAUGCUAUCAAAGUUCCCAUGGACCAGGCUCCUCCACCACCAUAUGCAUCGUAGAAUAGUUAGGUAACAGCUCUCUUGUACAUGGAAAGUGAUAUAGUGGAAGGCAAUUGAAUGAAGACAAAAAAAUAUCAGUUUUCAUUGGACUGUAUGAGAGCUAUUUUAUUUUCGUAAUGCUUAAUUUAAUAGGAUGUAACUUUUUUAUUUUUAAAGCUUUAUUGCAUCGUAAUUUUUGCAAUUUUUCGGGAAGAUACAGGUGAUGAAAUCAUGUAUUAUGAACUAUACUGACUUAUGUUAGUAAAUGUAUUGAUUUAAAUUAUGAUGUCAUGUGUUUGAGAUGUGUAGGAACAUUCAUUUAUACUCAUUAUCAAGUUAUCUGUAGUUUUUCUGUGUAAUUGAAAAAUUAAUGAAAUACCUUAUGGUGUAAAUUUUACAACUAUGGUAUGGAUUUCAGAAAUACGGUAUAACUUGCAUAUUUAUUGAUAUUUACUAUCUUCAUCAUAAUUUGACAUGUUAGGUCACAGUAUUUAACAAUUACAUACCUUGUGACACAAGGAACUUGUGAAGUGAUAAAACAUCUAUUGAACUAUAUUAAAUUGAAUACUUUCCAUAUCAGCUGUUUUCCAAAAAGACCCCUUUUAUUUUGUCUUUCAAUCUGAGAUAUGUUCAUAGGAACAUAGUGCAAUUACAUAUGUGAUAGAUUUAUAAAAUGCAGUAUCUUGUUUUCAACAUGAUAUAGAGACUCAUUCCUUAUAUAUAUAUAUAUUACUUUGAUGUUAAAAAACUACAAAUAUUGUUUUUGGAAUUCUUUAUUGAAAUAAAGUUGGUUUUACCUUAA